AUGAAGCUGAAUAGUGUCACGGAGCAGCUCGUGUCUGAUCUCGUUGACGUUGCUGUCGUUUGUCGCAGGAAGUCGUGUAAAUUCUCCCACGACAUUUACUCUGAUCACAACUACGGAUUACUGAGAGAGUGCACGCUGCACGAGCUCAACGAAGACCAGCUGUUCCUGCUGCUGCUGCAGAACGACCCUGCUCUCCUGCCAGAGGUGUGUCAGCACUAUAACAAAGGCUCCGGUCCUCACGGCGGCUGCACCUUCCAGGAGAACUGCACCAAAGUUCACUUGUGUCAGCACUUUGUUCAGGGCGACUGCAUGUUCGGACUUAAGUGUAACCGGCAGCACGCCAUCGAGCAACAUAGCCGCCGCUUGCUUCUGAAGAAAGGACUGAGAGAGGACAUCAUCCAGGAGCUGCCCUUCAUCUACAGGAACAUCCACCAGCUGACGGCUGCUGCCGCCUCCACAGAGAAAGAUUCUUUUUGUAAACCUGCCGAUCAGAGCGACAACAGCAACGAUAUCUGUCUGCACUUCAUCAGAAACAGCUGCAAGUUCCACAAUGAGUGCCGCCGUGUUCACUUCUGCCUGCCCUACAAGUGGGAGGUGUUUGAUGGUGUCACCUGGACAGACCUGCAGAACAUGGAGGACAUUGAGAAAGAUUUCUGUGACCCCUCUAAGACAAAGAGCUGUGGCGAUCGGCCCGUUGACUUCCUGACCAUGAGUCAGGCGUCGCACCCCGUUCGCCGCCUCUCCACGGUUUCCUCAGUUACGAAGCCGCCCCAUUACAUCCUGACCACUCAGUGGCUGUGGUACUACAAGGGGGACCACGGGAACUGGGUGGAGUACGGACAGCCGCUCCGGUGA